AUGUCCGUUCCAGACAGGCCGGUGAUUCUUUUCCACUACCCGGGAUCUCCCUACAGCAAAAAGGUCCUUUGGUACCUUGCUCUACGAGGCAUUCCCUAUUCGCAAUGUAUCCAACCCCACAUCCUCCCCAGGCCAGACCUUCUUAAUCUGGGCAUUCAAUAUCGACGCAUCCCCGUCCUUUCAAUCGGCCGGGAUGUCCACCUCGACUCACGCCUAAUCCUCCAGAAACUAGAGGACUUCGCACCGGAGAAACCCCGUCUAGCAGCAGAAAGCCAAAGUCCCGAGCACCGCCUCAUCGAACGUCUCUUCGACUCCCUCUCCACAGACGGCGGGCUAUUCAGGCACGUCGCCUGUAUCUUACUAGCCAGCUCACCGAUCCUUAAUGACCCGAGAUUCGUGCAAGACCGCACCGAGUUCUCGGGGGAGCUCGCGCCUCUGGCUGAUAUCGAAAUGGCGUGGCCUCUUGUUUGGCUCUUCUCUGCGCCGGGAGCUCUUCCAGAGGACCAGGUCUCCGCGAGGGUUUUCCCGAAGGUUUAUGCUUGGGUUGAGAGGCUUGAUGCUGCUGCUAAUGCGGCGGGGAAUGCUCUGCCAAAACCACAGACGUUGUCUGGAGAGCAGGCGGCUGGUAUUAUUUCUCAGUCGGCCUUCGAGGGAGGCGUUUACCGGGUGCAGGAAAAUGAUGAGGUUGUGCGAUCCCAGGCAUUGGAGGAGGAGCAGCUGGUGAAAGUUUGGCCGUUCGAUUCCGGUUCUGCGCAUAAGACUGCUGGUCGGUUGAUUGGACUUAACGACGAUGAAGUCAUUGUUGAGACCUUGGAGACCGAAACUUUGAUUUACACACAAGUCGAGGAUAUUUAG